GCAAUCAACUUCGAGGCCUUAGAGAAAAUCUAAAGUUUGCAAGUUACCAGGCGGAUCAUGCAGCUAAGGCCAAGAGAGCAGCCUUCAAUGCUAAGGUGAGAACUCUGAGGAAAGAAGUGGAGGAGCUUGUGCAGCUAAGAUCGGACAUUGUGGCUGGUGCCGGCAUCUUCAGUGAAAAACUUCUCAAUGAAUAUCGCUCUACCAACAUGCCGGUCUCCAGGGAAGUAAGUAAGCAAGAAUAUUGCCAGAGUGAGGAGGAAGAGAUGGAGGAAGGUGAAGGAGAUGAUGAAGACAAUGAUAUAAAACCAGACUUUGAUUGUUAUUCCAAGAUUCGUAUUAGUAAAGUUCGCCUUUUGUGCAAUGUGACAAAAUUCCCUCCGGGGAUGGUGAACAAUAUAACAUUCACAGUUCAAAAUCUGAAUAGAAAAAAUGAAAAAUGGAGUGAAAACAAACAUUUUGAGUUUCAUCUUAUACUGGGAGAGUACAAAGUUUGCAUAGACUGGAAGAAAUCACAUUAUUGCAAAAACAUCAAUGUGAAGAAUAUUGCGAUUCCCGACAGUCCGUAUGAUGUAACAAUUACCUACAAUAGAUAUUUAAUGGAAUAUGAGCUCAACAUCUUUUUGACAUAUGAUAUCGAGUCAGAAUAUCUAGGAAAACGAAUGUGCCAUGAAAUUGUUCUACGGAAGGAAGGAAUGCCAUGGCCGGACUGUAAUGAAAUCUCUAACAUCGGAAGCUACAAGGUGUAUUUUAAAACUACAGAACGUGACCUGCACAUUCCAAAGAGAAAUCUAGAAUAUUCUACAAAAUAUGAGGCAAGAGUCAGAUCUAUCCCUACGGGAGGAUUCUAUGAUGGCUUCUGGAGCCCAUGGAGCCCAAUAACAACAUUCUGGACAGAACAGGAACCAGUAACUGAUACCGAAUAUGUGAAUAAUACUAUAUCUAUCGCUUUAAGUAUAGGCUUCUCCGUUUUCUUGUUCUUCAUCGUUAUAUUAAUUGCUGUAUUUUGGGAAAAAAAAAUUAAGCCUCUUGUGUGGCCAGAAAUUCCAGAUAAAAAAACACUGGAGAAGUUCCUCAACAAGCCAAACCAGAAUCUGCCCUUAAGCUUCAAUCCCGAUUACAGUGAGAUCCUUCCAAUAAAUAUAAUAGAUUAUAUGAAAGCACGAGAGAUCCCAGAAGAUAACCACGAGAUCAGCAUGACGGACAGCCUCAUUGAGAAACCCUCUAUCCAUCCUUUCCAUUUCAAUCUGUCUCCUCCAGAGGGCAGCAGAGGAUUCCCCGCUAACACAAAUAACAGUGGACAGUGUAAGGGUAUUGGUGACGAUGGCGGUGACAGGUCGGAGAACCCCAUCAUUUCUGGUGAUGUUACACUGCUAUCCGGUGAUGGCAGCAAUGGGACCACGUCUGUGGCUGUAAAACAUCCAGAAAACGGACUAAGAAGACUAUGCUGGGAGGAUAUUUAUAUUGCUAUGUCCGCCUUCAAGACACCCAGCAGUGCUGUAAAGCAGGUCCCUAAAAAUACUUUCUGAUCUCUAUUACAGCAUGGUCUAUGGGCGGACCUUUAUAUAGCGAGAAUGUUCAGAGUUAAUUUCCAUCACUUAUACAUUGACUUUAGGAUCACAGGUUUAAAGGGGUUAUCCGGAUAGGUGAUAAGAUGUCUAAGACCCCCCGCGAUCUCCGUGCACCACCGUCUCCAGUCUCGGAAAGUGUUUUUGGGACUGGAGACGUGACGUCACAUCACGCCACCUCCCCUCAAUUCAUGUCUAUGGGAGGGGGCAUGACUGCUGUGGCGUGACGUCACGUAUCCAGUCCCGGAAACGCAGAGCUUUCCGAGACUGGAGAUGCAGCCCUGCAUAGAAUGCAGGUGGUGCACGGAGAUCGUGGCGGGCCCCCCGCUAUCAGACAUCUUAUCCCCUAUCCUAGGGGAUAUGAUAUCUUUGGCCGGAAUAACCUUUUAAUGUACGGUCUAAGCGAAAAUGAUGGAUAUUACUCUCAUGCACAUAGACAAUCUGACCACCACUCCACUACUUUAUGCUCACCGAAUGUUUCGUAUCAGCUGCUAACGGUCAUUUGUAAGAAUAACCUACCUAGAUUUCAUUUAUUGAGCUGUAAAAUACCCCUCCUGUACUCAGGGAGUGCCGUUUGUUCUCACUCAAAUGUUCAUUAAAGGGGUACUCCACUGGAAAACAUUUUAUUUUUUAAACCAACUGGUGCCAGAAAGUUAUACAGAUUUGUAAAUUACUUCUAUUUAAAAAUCUUAACCCUUCCAGUACUUAUCAGCUGCUGUAUGCUCCUCAGGAAGUUCUUUUCUUUUUGAAUUUUCUUUCUGACUGACCACAGUGCUCUCUGCUGACACCCCUGUCCAUUUUAGGAACUGUCCAGAGCAGGAUAGGUUUGCUAUGGGGCAUUACUCCUACUCUGGACAGUUUAACUUUCUGGCACCACUUGAUUUAAUAAAACAAAGUUCUCCAGUGGAGUACACCUUUAAGUCACGUUCAGUACUUGACUAUUACUCGCUACCUAGUGGUAAGAUUGUUCAGUGCUGUGAAAUUACCAUUUCUAUGGAGCAUAACAGAACAGAGUUACCACAAAUGGUGAAAGGAAAUAUAAUGGUGGAAUCCAACUGGUCACUUAUCACUUGUAGUGCUAAUAAAUAUUUUCCAUUCAGGAAAAUGUAUUAAAUUGCUGCAA